GGCAUUAUUUCUUCAUGUAAAUGUGUGACUUAUAGAUGUUUCGGUGAUUAUGACCUCAAUAUGACCUGUUGUCCAUAAUCUCAGUCUCAUUUCCAAGCCUCUAUUGAUAUGCUAAAACCAUGUACAGACUUCGACCUCAACACUCCUACCUGUCUUUUGGAGCCUUUGGUUGCUAUGCCAUCAACUUGUUAUUCUUCAUUAUUUGUUUCUGCACAAAUCACUGGUGGUAUUUCCGGUUGGAUGGAAAAGACAUCAACAUGGGACUAUGGAUAGGUUGCUGGCAAUCUGUUGACGGAGGUUCAGAAUGUUCCAAUUCAAUAUUUGAGAACAAGAUUUUCAAAGAAGGCGGGGGUAGUGACUGGUACCACGGGGCAAGGAUCCUCAUGACGUGUUCUCUGAUAGCCAUUUUCCUCCAGGAAUUCGCGCUUAUAGGAUACCUGUGCAUUAACGAAGUCGAGAAAUACAGACAGAAGCUCGCUGGUGCUAUACUAGGAUUCUCAGCUGUUAUUGUUUUUCUUUUGCUGCUUAAUUUUAUCAUUAUUGGAGCGGAAGUGGACGAUCUCCCACAAGGACGAAUAGGCUGGUCUUUUGGGUUGACGUUCUUAUGUAUUAUGUUAGAAGGUGCGAUUGGUGUUGCAAUAUUCCUGGAAAGAAGAAGUGAACAAAAAAUUAUUGAAAAAUUCAAACCAGAUGUGACAAUUGAAGUUAAUUCAAAAAUUCGCCAUUCGGAACUUUCCGUUGUUAAUGAUCUACCUGAUCCACAUCCUAGGGAUGACUUAUCCUAUUCCUAUCGUUCUUCCACAGGCAGCCUUUCCCUGCAUUCUGGAUCCUAUUACCACAUUCCUGAUGAUUUCUCAAUAGAUACUGUUUCUACAGAUGUUGUAAAUUAUACCGAAGAACCAGGUUCAUCUAAAAGGGGACAGAAGGAAUGGGAGGUCUAACAAGAUGGUUAUAUCGAAUUCUAUCCGGAGACAUGUUAAGAUAGGGCCUUUAAGAUAGUCGGUUUUAAUAUUUUCUUAUUUGCAGACAGACAUGUAAAAUUAAGGAUACGUUAUUAGACAGACAACUGUGCAAUAGUAAAGCUUGAGACUUACGUAUGUGAACAUCAUUCAGAGAAUAAAUACAUAAUCACU